UAAUAUAAGUUAACUAUUAAUGUAAUUUAAGAUUGUUCAUUGAUGUUAAAUUUUCAUUAUUUGGAAAGCUUAUAAUUUCAUUGACUGCGACAUAUUUGUGGAUGAAGGAGUUAGGGGUAGUUUGAUUCAGCUUGUUGCGACCGGAGGCGUGUCGAAAAGAGAGAGAAAAGAAAAAAAUGAUGUCUGGGUGCCCCAGAUGAGAAUUGAUGUUAUUGACAGUGGGAGGAGGAGGGUUAUUCUCUUCUUCAGCGACCGGGUAUAGCAAUGGCUUGACCCUUCUGCUCUUGGGUCAGAAGCAUGAGGACAAGUCCAUGAGACUUUCGCCGUGGAACCAUUACCAGUUGGUAGACCGAGAACCCAAUCCUGACCUCCAAUUGACAUCCACCAAGAACCGGCUUCCCCGCGGGUGCGCCUCUUUUGUCUACUUUCGUGGCACUUCCGCAGGGCUCUACACACCAUCACAUUUGAAAGUUGGCCCUGUUCAACAACAAUACGUCUUGCCAGGCUCUUUUGAUGCAAAUAAGAGUAAUGAUCAAGCAAACGAGGUUUACAAUGGCAAUAGCAAUGUAAGAAAGGUUGUUUUGAAAAGUUGUUUGAAGAAGCAAUUGAGUAGUGCUCAAGUUUCUCUUGAGGAUGUUAAUGAUUGUGAGGCAUCAGGAGAAAAGUAUGGUGAUGUCCCAAGUCAUACGGUACAAAGAAAGGUGCAGUGGAGUGAUUCUUAUGGUAGCGAGCUUGCCGAAAUCAGGGAAUUUGAGCCCAGGUACAUGAAAUUUCUGAAUCCUGAUCUAAAUUGA